AUGGCUAUAACUGGAAACCUGCCAUUGUGGCUGCUGCUGCUGCUUCUGCCUCUCUCCAACCUAAGCCCUGCUGCAGCAGCUGGAAUCCCCACAGGACCAGCUUGUGACCAGGAUCCCGAGUUCCAGUGUCAGGAUAUAGAGACAGCUAUUCGCUGUGGAGCUCUGGGCCACUGCCUCCAGAAGGUCUGGGGACAUGCCAGCGCAGAUGACCUAUGUCAAGAGUGUGAGGACAUCGUGACCAUUCUCACCAAGAAGGCUAAAGAGGUCAUUUUUAAGAAAACCAUUCAGCACUUUCUAGAAGAGGAAUGCUCCAAAUUGCCACUGAAGCUCAUGAUCCCAAAUUGCCAGCGCGUGAUGGAAGAAUACUUGUCCCACGUCCUCCAGUACUUCCAGGGACAACUUCCAAACAAGAUAUGUGGAAGCCUGGGCCUGUGUGAAAACAAGGUCCCAUUCUCAGCAUGGGAACCAGGAUCUCAGGAUCUCUCAAAAAAGGUGGUUCCAGCAUUUCUGGAGGACUUCCCACGGAGUCCUGGGGCUCACACCCAGGACCUCAUGGAGCAGAAGUUUCCCAUUCCACUUCCCUUCUGUUGGUUCUGUCGAACCUUACUCAAGAAAGUUCAAGCUGUCAUCCCCAGGUCCGUGCUGGCGGUGGCAGUCGCUCAAGUGUGCCACAUCGUGCCCCUGGUGGCGGGGGGCAUCUGCCAGUGCCUGGCCGAGCGCUACACCGUCAUCCUGCUGGACGCUGUGAUGGGCCGUGUGUUGCCCCAGCUGGUCUGUGGCCUUGUUCUUCGAUGUUCGGCUGAUGCGAGCUACAACCUGGGGCUGCUCCCGGACCAGUGGACACCCUCAGACCCGGACUGCCGCCUCUGCGUCUCGGUGACCAGCCGGGCAUCAUCAGAGCUCCCGGGGAACAGCACGGAGAGGGACAUAGAGAAGACCCUGAUCAACAUCUGCAACAACCCCCAGCUGGACUGGCAGGAGUGCCAAGGCUUGGUGGAGCAACACUACCCGUCCCUACUGUCCUUGCUGCCCCGAGGCCGAGACCCCCACCUCAUAUGCCAGGCUCUGGGAAUGUGUGAGACGGAGCUCAGUCAACGGAGGAUGCCAGCCUGUGCCCAGGGCCCGACCUUCUGGUGCUCCAGCAUCGAGGCUGCCAAGCAAUGCCGUGUGAGUGCCCCAGAUGGAGAAGAAGGGGGCAGGAGGAAGCGAGGGCCUUGCAAGAUCCGAGUCAAAGAGGCUUAG